AUGAAGAAGAUAACGACAAACUUGACAGAAUACGACAAGAUCUUGCAGUCUGAUGCAAUAAGUUCCAAGCAAUUGGUCAUCUUGUCACCAGUUGUCUUCCAGUUCAUCCUCGGACUUGCCACUUCACUCACCCAGCAAUCAUCACCCUCAUCAGAUAUGCAGCAAAAACGCAAGAUCCUCGUCAUUGGUUCACCCUGCGACAACGUACCCGACAAAGUAUGGGCAGACUUCAACACAAGUUAUGAAAUACUGACAUACGACUUCCCGAAAUUGAACGAUUUCUACCAGUCCAUGAUAUCCGGCACCUGCCAGAACAUCGAUGGAAUCAUGCGGAUUGGCGUCAUCAGCACUGCAACUGACAACGAGAGAGUGACGCUAGGCUGGACUAGACAAGCGCUGCCACAUUUUCCAUCAACUCUCAAGAUGAUUGUCAACUUUGGGCACGGCUUUGAAGAAGAGGAUAUCACGGGCCUCAACGCCCGUGGUAUCGAGUUCUUCAACACGACGGGCGGGAGUGAAGCGACUGCCGUGGUCGCAGUCUACCUCAUCAUCUCGGUAUUCCGUCAGCUAAAUCACUACGAAAGAAUGCUUCGCAAUGGGCAAUUUUUACCGGCCCUGAUACACUCAUCUCAAAAUGCAGUUGACCCGUUUGGAAAGAAGCUCGGCAUUGUCGGCAUGGGUUCCAUCGGCCAAACCGUCGCAAGACAGGCGGCUGCCCUCGGAAUGGAAGUUCACUGCAUCAAUAGGCCCAACCUUCGAAGAGCCUUAAAAGCUAUGAAGGAUGAGGAUGAGCCCGUCAAGCGGCUUUUGCCACCUGUCAUAUUCCAUGAGGAUCUUGAGGAUCUCGUUGCUUCUGUGGAUUGCUUGGUUCUGGCAUGCUCUUACUCUCCGGGUACGCACCACCUCCUGUCGAGGGAUAUCUUCUCUAGAAUGAAGAGGGGCAUUCGGAUUAUCAAUGUGGCUAGAGGCCGUUGCAUAGACGAGGAAGCGUUGUGUGACGCCAUAGAGAACGGCACUGUUGCAGCGGCUGGCCUUGAUGUCCAUUACAACGAACCGACUGUGAACCCGAGGUUACUGAAGCAUGACUGCGUGACACUUCUACCUCAUCUCGGAGGACUCACUCACGAUUCGAUGAAGAAUCAUGUCUUGAUGGCCAUGAAGUGUGUAGAUGACUUCUUCGCCUCUUCUGAUUUGACUUAAGGCUAGGAAUUCCAAAUAGGCACGGGUUUGAAUGAUCGGAUGGUACUAUGCUAAGAGAUGUAUUGAAGAAAUCCC